AUGCCGAAGCGCAAGCGCGGGUACACGGCGGAGGAGGAGGCGAAGCGGCUGCUGAACCAGUGCAGCAAGCACGGCGACCUGCGCACGGCGCUGACGCUGUUCGACGCGCACGUGGCGGGCACGGGCCCCGCCUUCAAGACGUACGAGUUCAACAUCGCGCUCUACCUCUGCGCGCUCGUCGCCUCCUCGGGGCAGGUGGGGUCCGUCCCGCGGGGAGGGAAGGGGAAGGAGGGCGGAAAGGAGAAGGAGGGGGAGAAUGGGGCAGGGGUAGGAUCAGGUGGGGAGGACAGCAGCGCUACGGGAAAGGGCGGAGGGGAAAGCGGGGAGAAGAAGUCGAGCAGGGAGGAGGCGAAGGCAGUGGCAGCGGCGCGCGGAAUGGACGUGUGGGCGGACAUGCAGCGGAGGGGCGUUCCGCUCAACGAGGCCACCUUCACCUCGCUCGCGCGCCUGGCCUCCGCGCGGGGCGACGCGCGCAUGGCGUUCCGCGUGGUGCGCGACAUGGCGGAGCAGGGCGUCCCCCCGCGCCACCGCUCGUAUGACCCCGCGCUGCUCGCCUUCUGCCGCCAGGGGGACCUGCGCGGCGCGGAGGAGGUUUUUCAACACAUGGCUGCCCGCGGGCUGGCCGCGCUGCCCGAACAGGUCGCCGCCCUGCUGGACGUGAGCGUGCGGGCGGGCAGCCCGGGCAGCGUGUACAAAAACAUUCACCGCAUGCGGAAAGUUGCGCGCGGGCUGCCCGAGGACGUGAUUGGGACUUCGAGAGCGUGGUUUGAGUCUGAACGCGCGAGACAGGGGGGCGCGGAGAGCGAGGGGGGGAAGAGGGCGGAGGGGGCAGGGGAGGCGGGUAGCAAGGAGGCGGAGAGCGAGGGGGAGAGGGAGGCGCAGGGGGAAGGGGCGGAGGAAGGGCGGAAGGGGUGGACACAGGAGGAGGCGGAGCGGGCAAUGGCAGUGAACGGGGGAGGUUGGCACGGGCUGGGGUGGGCCAUGGAUCGCCGUGAGCCUGCUGCAGGGGGCGCUGAUGGGGACACUGCAGGGGGGGGCGCGGGCGCGGGGGAAGCACAGGGGGGUUCAUGGCGGGUGCAGGACGUGCGGGUGGACGAGGGGGGCACGUGCUCUGGCUGCAGCGCCCGUCUCGCCACCAUCGACCUGGACGACGCCGAGACAGAGCGCUUUGCCCGGGCCGUGGACGCACUGGUGGAGGCGAGGGGCAAGGCGCGCGAGCUGGCGGCGUUCAAGGCGUGGCUGGCGCGGCACGGGCCGUUCCAUGCCGUGGUGGACGCUGCUAACGUGGGGCUGUACAACCAGAACUUCGCCCAGGGGGGCUUUAACUUCUGGCAGCUCCACUCCAUCGCCAAGGCUGUCGCCGCCCUGGAGCCGGCAGGCUCGGGUGCAGGUUCGGACCCAGGCUCGGGUGGAGGUUCGGCGUCGGCGGCCCCGCGGCUGCCGCUGCUGGUGGUGCAUCACAAGCGGGUGAAGGGCGGGGCGGCAGCAGAGCCGUUUGCACAGCAGUGCCUGGCGCAGUACGAGCAGCAGCACUGCCUCUUCACCACCCCCACUGGCGCCAAUGAUGACUGGUACUGGCUGUACGCGGCGAUAUUGAUGCGGUGUCUGCUGGUGAGCAACGAUGAGAUGCGCGACCACAUCUUCCAGACGCUCAGCGCUGACUACUUCUCCCGCUGGAAGGAGCGCCACCAGGUGGGCGAGGACACGGGUGGAGGGGGGGUGGCUGGCGGGUCAGACCCGCCCCUCCCUUCUCCGUCACUCGAGGUUGCACCCCUUCCCUCGAGGUCUCGAUCCCCUUCCCUUGCCACUACUACCUCCCUUUCAACCUUCUCUCCUUGCAUGCUCAUGGUGUCAUCACCAUGCCACAUGCCGUAUCUCCACCAUCCACACAAACCAUCCCAUCCACCCCCAUCCGCCCCAUCCCCUCAUCCCCUCAUCUGCCUCUCCCUCGCCCUGUGCCGCCCGCAUGCAUGUGCUGCUGCCUCCCCCAGGAGUCAAGCGACGGCGCCUGGCACUUCCCCAAGGCGCACCGCGCAGGGGGACAGGCCUGUUUCCUCCGCGCCCUGCCAUCUUCUUCACUGCAUCAAUCACCGCACAGCCCUGCCAGAGAUGGUGGUGGUGGUGGGGGACAUGGAGGGAGCGCGGUGGGGAGCAAAAGAGGUUGGCAUGGGGGCAUGCCGUGCUUGUGAGAUGAUGGGGAAGAGGAAGAGAAGCAUGCCAAUACCGCUGCGUGCACGCAUGCAAUGCACAUACUACCACCCACACUGCUUGCCGCGCUGCUCUCACCAGUGCCCUCAUCAACUCUGCGCUCACCAGUGCAGUGAUGCCGUCGCCCACCCACAGCGCCACGUCCACCGCCUUGCGCACGUUCUCGUUGCCUAUCCUCUCCGGGUGGUAGCUGCACUCACACAAAGUGGGAGGGGAGGGGGGACGGGACGACAGAGCGGGGACGCGGGUGGUGAGAAAACGGACCACGGGCAUGCAGCAGCCGUUGAGGCAAGCCCCCAGGCAGCGAAAUCUACUGCUCGUCGCUGGGAAGAGUAG